AUGAGAAAAUCCAGCUCAGGCCGGCACCGAGCCGGCUCAGAAGCAUCUUCAAGGUCCGAGCGACCGAGACAUGAUGAUCAAGACCCUUCCAAAGCACGUUCCGGUGCAGAUGCGAUGACCACUUCCUCUUCACGCCGCAAGCCCAGCCGGGGCGACCAACAUGAGGAUCGCGACGCCACUUAUGCGACAACAAUCACCGACGAACCAUCACAGAUAUCUGAUCGAUCCCGAAACGAUUAUCGAAAUGAUUCGAGAAUAGAGCCUGAACCGAAUGACACAAGGCGGCGGUCAAGCAAGACCGACAGGAGUGCAAACUACGAGAGGAGUCGUGGGGAUAAAGCAGACAACGAUUCACGGAGAUCAAGGAAAGAAGACAAUCCUCGCGACUCUCACAAGUCCAAUAAGAUAAAUGCGAAGGAUGGUCCUCGCAGUCACCGGAAUGAUUGUGCUUCUCUACCUCAGAACCAGUUUCCUGGAGAGUUUCCAUCCACCUAUUCUCAGCCGUACCGACCACCUGGGCUAGCCGCAGAGUAUUAUGGUGACAACGGGGAAUCAGUGGCAUUUCAACCUGGUGUUCGCCCCAAUGCUCCAAAUAUUGUCACCAGCGCAGAACAGGCCCACCUCCUGGAACCGACGAUUGAAGCCAAACCUCCGCCUGAGCCGAGUAGCAUGGGCCAAGUCGGUGCUGCUGCCAGCUAUUUCAGUAAUGCCAACUAUGGCGGCGACAUUGGACCACAGACGACACCUCCCAAGCCUCCUCAGAAGCCAACCUCAGGAUUCAACAAACCUCCCAAGCUUAGCCACUAUGGGGUCAGCCCUAGGGCAAGCCCUACCCCUCAAGGGAAUCAUGCACAACUGCUCGGGCUCGCUCCUGAUACAGUCAGCUCCUUUCCAGCUUCAGGCUCUGUAGCGAUCGGCGCAGCCGCAGAAUAUUACGCUGGCGGAGGCGGAGGGAUAUCAACCAGUGCAUACCAAACGCCCAACAGACCCCCUCACGGAUCGCAAAAUACAUCAACCCCAUAUUCUGCCCCUUCUCGUAUGGGAGGCUCACUGCAACAUUCAAAUGCAGCUUUGUAUGGCGGCUCAGCUGCUCUUGCCGGAGCAGCAACUGGCGCCUACAUUUCUGGCCAUUCUCACCAUCAGCACUCGUUCAGCCAGCAUCAACCGUCAACCAAUAUGGGUGGAUUAACCAGCGGAUAUGCCCUGUCGCAAGGUACCCAGACGCAUCACGCCCACCGACAUAAGCAUCAGGGACUGUUCGGGCGGUUCAUCGACUGGUGGCGAGAUCCUGAUGCAGUGGCUCGAUUUGAGGAAUACACUGAGACAAUCGGUGUAUGCAAGUAUUGCUUCGACCCCAUGAGCUCGCCCGCCGAUGCGCCCCGCAGACAUGACUAUCGCCGACGGAGACCCUCCCCUGGAAGCCGCUAUGGGAGUACGACUCGAGUGGACAAGCCAUAUAGACGUAGUUCGGAUGAAGAUCUUCGGCGACACUCAUCUGCCAAGAAGAAGGUGAUAGCUGGAGGCUUGACUGGCUACGCGGCGGCGACACUCGGGGAAGCAGUGGUGAAUCAGAAGCAUGGCUUUGAUGACACAGACUCUGUGAAAUCAGGCCGUCCUGUGAACCAGAGUCGAGUCAGUUUUCAAGAAGAGCAGAAAUUUCAGCGAUACCAAGAUGGACAAUUUGAAAGACAGCAUAGCCGCCACAGGGCCGGGAGGGGCAAAAUAUCUUCUGCAAAAGAAGGACGUCGCAAUCGCCGGUCAAGCUCGUCGUCAUCAACCUCAUCUAAUCACAGGAUCUCUCGCGGCGCAGCAUUGAGUGCUGGUGUUGGUGCCGCUGGGCUUGCUGCUGGUGCUGCAACACUUGGCCGGAAAUCCCGGCGGCGAAGUCAAAGCAGGAGUCGAUCACCCAGUUCAAAGAGGAAAUAUUUCUCGAAACGGGUAUCUCCGAUGCAUUCAUACGUCGAUCUCUCGACGACGAACGAUGGGCCAGGUGGUCUGAUGGGCUUCUUCACGAGCCCUUCGGCCAAUACAAGGAAGGGCAAAAAACCAAAGGGCCUGUUCAGUUUCUCAAAUGCCUCGAGUUCCUCGUCCGACGCAGAUCUACGAUUUGGAGAGGGUACCAUUCGCAGAAAGGUCUCUAAGAAGCGACUUCGAGAAAGAUACGGCAGGCAGGAUCGAGACAACUCUGUCACUGCGAUGAAAGACCUAGUUGAUACCGGUGUUGCUCUUGCUGACGAAGCCGGUCGAAGGGAUUCAAAAGGUAGGCGAAACACAGACGCUGACAAGCAUACAGGUCCAGGCGUCAGACUUGGAAAUGGACGUCGAAGUUCCCUGGCCGACCACCAAAAUUCCUGCGGACGCGACGAUGAAUGGUAUGAUAUAGAUGGUGAAGUUGACUCUGAAACCAGUGUGGAUACAGCAUUGGCAUACGGUGGAGGAUUGUCCGCUGCCCAGAGCCGCGAACGCCUCUCUCAAGGUGGCCUAGCGACAAUGUCGGACUACAAUUUCAGGGAGGAGGAGCAGAGACAAUACCAGAACAGCUUGGGACAACAAAACUUUGGCCGCGGAUCCUCCUUUCCCAGGUCAACGGUCGAAACGGCUGCCGUAGCGGGUGUAGGAGGCCCUCUGGGUGGCUGGAUCGCGUCUAAUGCAGUGUCGCAGGAAUCAAAUCAUCCACCCACUCACGGGUUGCUAGAUCCGAUGCAGGAAUUGGAUCCUCGACCAAUAUCUGAUCCACCAUCGAAGGGUGCUUCUUCCCGGGCUACCAGAGUGUCCUCAACUUCUGUUCCCCUGCGGCAACCUCAACCAACUGUCCCCGUCGCACCUUUCAUCAACCACAAUAUUUUAGAAGGCAUCCAGGCUGAGGAAGAGACUAGAGCCAGGGCGCAGAGAGAACCAAGCCCUGUCCCACAGUUGAGACAAGAUUCAAACCAGGCCAAGUUGCCUUCUCAAGGCUCGAGACCCGGCGUUAAUUUCAACUUAAGCGACGAGCAGCUCGAGAAUGAAGGACACGCCAAUAACUGGGACAGGAGGUGGAGAGGCACUUCGGGCGAGAACAAUCGAAGAACGUCCGCUGAUGCUGCCGUCUUGAUGGAGACCACCCGAAAGCCAGUCGAGCCUUUACGUGACCAGACAGGAUCAAGGCCCAGGAAUUCGUCUGAAGCUAGUGGAAACCCCCUCGACACCGAUAAACGAGUCGCUGAAAUUAACCGUGAAUUGGAGAAACUCUACCAAGAGCACCAAAAAGCUGAAGAACGAAAGCGGAAGGAGUCAGGCCUAAAAAAAAUUGUUGAAGGUGCUGUCAUCGGUUCAGCAAUAGUUGUGGCUGCAGAUUCACUUGCUAGUAAAGACAAGAAAAGCGGGUCUCGCGAAGAUGCAACACCUACCCGAAAGUCGAGUUUGAAGAAGACGAGAGAAAAGGACCCUUCACCGCCUCCCGAGACGCUGCAGGAAAGAAUAGCAAGAACGACUGCUCAACGUGUCAGGUCAACAUCAUCACCAGUUCAUCACGACGACUAUAGUACUUUCUUCGUUCCCGCAGAACUCAAAGAACAUCUCAAAGAAAACAACGACAAGGCCGAGCAUCGAGACGACUUUGGAGCAACUGUGGUUGAAAUCGUUCCCGGAGCGCCCAAACCUAGCAGCUCACAUCCUUUCGACCCUUUUACAUAUCGACAGUUUGGUCUAGAAUUGGAUGAUGAUCCCUUGCUAUACCCCUGGCCUGUCCCAAUUCUCGGACUGAUUGAACCCACGCCGCCUGGCAGCCGGGUUCACAGCAUCAAGGGCGACGAAACACCCGUCAUUGAGCCCAAAUCGAAAGAGUCACAGGAGGAUAUUAGCGAACCACUUGAAAGGAAGGAGUCCAAGGUGACAUGGGGCGACCAUGACACGUAUAUUUACCAAGUUGAGACUCCAGAAUAUGAGCGAUCAGAUUAUGGCCCAGAGCCACAUAUACAGGGUGAUAACCCUGCAGACGUCCCCUCUCCAAAAGAGGUUACUGAAGAGCCAAUCUCCGGUCCCGGAGAAAGGGAACGCCGACCAAGUGUAGGUCGGGCGUGGACACUAGAUGAGAAGGAAGCAGAGAAACUCGAGAAGCAAGCGUCCUAUGUUGAUGACAGACCUCAGAUAAGCCGAGCUUGGACCGUUGACGACAAAGAAGCCGACGAAAUCGCCAAGGGACUUCUGGAACGUCAGCGAAAUGACGGUUCUUCAGGGACGACGACUCGAAACGUUAUCAAGGAUGAAUCCAACGCUCAAGAUAGCACUGCAUCCCUGAUUAACCCUGGGCCUGAAGAGCAGCUCGGGGAUUCGUUCUCACCCAAACCCGAUCAGACUAUUCGAACUCAAACAUUCUAUCAAAACCCUUUCGCAGAAACGGUGAGCGAUUUGGGCAUUAUUGCGGGUUAUCCCGCGACAGUCCAACACGAUACCAAGUCACAAACCAUCCUCGCCUUGGAGAAUAGAGACGAGCGAACCGAACAGGACUUGCACGACAACGAGAACACGUCUAGCGGUGUGAGGAUGAGCAAGAGUGACCGACGUCGUCCAGAGCGUCCCAGUUCUUUUGUGGAUGCGUUUAAGCCACCUCCAUCACAGCAAACUCCUCCAGGCCCUUCAGAAGACAUUUCUCAGCAUCCAUUACCCGCCACCGACAGUAAACCUGACCUCGUGGAUAACAACAGUGCAUCUGGCUCCUCUGCCUUAGGGCUGGGGCUAGGCGCAUCUAUCCUCCUAGCAGCAGACCAGGUAAUGAAGGACAACACCGCAAAGGAUGGAAUUGGAUCAGUAAGCAGAGUUAAAGAGCAGCCUUCGAGACCAAGGAAGCCGAGUACGUUUAAUGAUUCAAAGUCGCAGCGUUCACGGUCAGGUUCAAGGGGGGGAUAUCACUCAGAUCCCGAGGAAUGGGAACGUUUACGGGAGAAAGCUAAGAGCUCGAAAUCCGGUCCCAAGAGCGAUGUCGGCGUGAAGGCAUCCCAAAAAUCUAAGGAUAGGGGACCGGAUGACGACGUAGACAUCGCACCGCUUCGAAGAGCUCGUACCGACGAUGACCUCAACGAAAAGAAGAAGUCUGGACGAAGCUCAAGGCACAGCAAUGGCAAUCUUGACAAAGAGACAACCACUGGUCGGAGCAAGAAAGAUGAGGAGAAGGAGUUGCGAGGUAAACACCGUAGAGACUCAGAUGGACACCAUGAUGGUGAUAACCGCUUUGUCACGAGCAGCACGACUGACUCAAAAACAAAGAGGGAAUUUGGUGGCUUGUUCAGCAGCCUGUUCUCCAGCAACAAGAGCGAUGUCAGUACGUCUAGCAAGAAGAGCUCGAAAUCUUCGAAGUCGGACAGUCAAGCAGAUCGAGAGCGAUACGAUAAGUCCGAGUCUCGAAGGAAACGCAGGUCCAAGGACAGAGAAGAAUUAGACGAUGUCACCUCUGCUGUCUCUGAACCAUCCGGAGGCAGCAGACGAGGCUGGGAUCGUCAAACCGGACACAUUGAUCAGAGAACAGUCUCCGAUAAUCAAACUGUCGACGACGGAUUCGUUUCUGCUGAAGAGACCGCUGAAACACCCAUCAAGGACACUGUAUACCAAGAGUCUUUUUUAGGGAGUCGCCCCGAAAUGCCACAACCAAUGGUCACGGAUACGCCAAUGGGUACUGAUGGUGUCUUGGGGCCAGUAUCCGAGAGACAACCAUCUUCACGGUCUGCAACUGCAACUAAUGUCCAUACCGGAGGUACCGUCAUCCCUCCGGAAGCUGAUCAUGUUGACGCACCACCUGCACCUUCGAUGGAAGGUGAUCAACUUGGAAUUAUGCCUAACAAGUCACCUCCUGGUGUUGACGAGGAAGUGGAGAACCCUGAGGCAGAUUCUUCACCCAGUGUCUCCCACUUUACCGCCUGUCGACGCCUUUCUGCUAUACGAACAAGUGAUAUCCCUUCUAGCCCAAUGGUUUCUAGCUCCCCAACCGCCGUCCCCCUACAUUUCCGACGGCCCCCUAUGUCUCCGACUAACCCACGCUUCUCCAUGAGCUCACCAGUCAUGUCACCAAGCUCGCCACUGACCACCCCUCGAACUCGUCAAGGACGACCAAAGUCGACGGAGUUCCGAUCCAGCAAAGAAUUCCGGCCGCUGUAUCUUGUGGAGAGACAAAAUUUCGCGAAAACAGCGACAUCCGAGCUUGCUGAAGAAUAUCCAUCGUUGCCAUCCAGCAAAACCAGCUCGGCACAUCCAUCUAUGGAAGAUCUUCGAGCUGAAGCCCAGUUUCAAGGCCUGCCUGAUCCUGUUACUCCGUCACGCAUCAGUGCCGAAAUGUUCCGCGACCGUGGCAGACGACACAGCUACUCGUAUUGGCAUGACAACGAGAAAAGGCGAGAAUCCCCAGACUAUCUAGAUUCUCGAUCGGCCACGCCAGUGCCCGGCGAUGCACAGAAAGCUCGUGAACAAGAAAAGAAGCCCAAACCGAAAUAUGAAUUCCAUUCACCAAGCGAGUUGCUCCAAGAUCCGGCUCUCAUUCACGACGUAGCCCCUGUGGACGAGGAAGUUGGACCUCAAAGCCCUCUCCCUAGUGUCGCAAGUUCGGAGCUGGAACAGGAUUACAUGAGUGCACGAAGCAGGAGUCUAUCUCCGACAGGAUCGCGAAGUCACAGCCGGGGUAGAAGGAGCGCUUCGAUCACGAGAUUAACAUCAGUCGCGGGGCAAGACGGAUUUGCUGCCGCAGCGGCUGGAGCUCUCAUUACGUCCGCCACGGCUGCUGCCGCCGCCCAUCAAGUGCUCAAAGAAUCCCCAGAGGAUAUCACGACGAAACAAGUGGAAACGCCAAGGAAGUCACAAUUCUCUGCAGAGGAGUUCACAGCGGCUAAGGCAGAGCCUGAACGUGAAGCAAUAAAUAUCGAGAAAGAUGGCGAUCCUGCGAGCUCACAACAGCCGACACAGGAAGAAUCAAUCCAAACAGCUGUUGAUUUACGUCGGGACCUGGAGUCGCAGGUCCCUAGUGAAGCGGCCGUGGCCAUUGACGCUUGGCAAAACGUCUUCGCGGAGAUUCGUCAACGUAACUUUGACCCUGAAAAGAAAGCCGAAGAAACUACCACGGUCAACACUGAGGAGCCAAAGAAACCGCCUGCCGGCGAAUCCGUAUUGCCAUCGACUAUGGAAGGAAUCGCUUUGACGAAGCCGAUGGAUGGUUGUCUAUCUGACCCAGGUAACGCCGCAGAAUCAACCUUAACCAAUCCCGAAAAAGUAAAAGAGUCUGAAGAGGAACUCAUCGAGGGCCACGAGGCAAAUUUCCAUAUGCCAGCAACUGCAGAUGAGCCUUUCCAUACUAAACAGGGUCUCGAUGAGCAUGCCGAACACGUCGGAGAUUUAUCAGAUGAUGUGGGGCUUCAAAUGGAAGGCGUCGAAGAUGUAGCACUGGGAUCUAGUGAUGACCUGGAAAAGUCAGAGGAUGGAGGAGACAAAAAUGAGGACAAUGCUCUUUUGGCCUUUAACGAAGUCUUCCCGCCUACGUCGCAAGGGAGCAGGGAGCAAGAUUAUGUCGAUGUCGAUAUUCAGGAUACCGAAGAGUCCGGGGCUCCGUCUGCCUUAGACAUGCAUGUUGUUGCCGAUGACCUUGCUUCUGGAUCCGAGGAGAUUUUUGAGGAUGCACCAGACACACAGCCAACACAAGUUACGCUAAAACAAGAGCCCGAAACACCUGCAGAGCUAGAAGCCGUACCCUCUGUCAACAUUGAGGAGCAUGUACCGUCCGGUCAGGCAAUGGCAGAGCGAUCCCUUGCAGAAGAUGAACGACAUUCUGAAACCCAGGAGAUUAUUUCAGAUACCGCACAACCAAGCCUAGAUCCUUUAGAAGAGGCGUUCAAGCAAGCCAUGGAAGCUCGGGGCUUGACUGAAGGUGCAACUGUUGAAGCAGCUUAUCAAGCAUUUCAACCAGAGAUUCCUGAUACUGGAGGGACAAAUUUGUCCACCAUCCGAGAGGAAGGCGAUCCCCCUGGCCCUUUGGCCGAGCAAGGCUCAGGACCGAUUGAAAGGGAAACCGAUACCGGACGUUCCAAGAGAGAUAAACGCAAAGAGAAGAAAGGAAAGAAAGCGGCAAUGCGGAAUAGCUUGCUGGAACCGGAUUUCAAGCCUGCAGAGGUUGAUCAGGAUCUUCAAUCUGCAACUGAGGAGCGGCAAGACGUCAAGACAACGGAGCCGAUUUCGUACGAAGAUGGCAUUGCAGAGACUACUCCGGUUGAGGAACCUCCAAAUCCAUUUGGUAAUGAUUUCGAAAUCAAGCCCAGCGGGUCAGAAACGCCACCCAGUGGAAUCAAAACGGAAUCAACUAUUCACAUGGCGGCUGGUGUUGAAGGUGGCGAGGUCCCUUCAUCCUCUAUGCCCGAAGACGAUAGCAGUGUGCCUGGUUCGAAGAAAUCAAAGAAGGGAAAGAAGGAAAAGAGGAAACAGCGUCAAACGUACAAUUGGGAUGAGGCUGAAACUGGCGUGGAGCAGACCAGGCCUGGCGGGGCUGCCCAAGUUACUGAGCCUGCUGUUCAGCAACAGCCCGGUGCGAUGCCCCCUUCGAAUGAACACGCUCUGCCGACACCAGAUAUUCAUGACGAACCAGAGAUUGCCAUUACUUAUGCAGAACCCGCUCAACAAGAGUCAGAAGAUCUGCAAGAGAUGGGCUCAAAGCCAGGCAAAAGGAAAAAGUCCAAGAAGAAAAAGAGUGUUCCUGUGGUGAUAGAAGAAACGACUGGGUCAACAUCUCAACCACCCGCCGUAGCCGCGCUUCCCUCAGAACCUCAACUACGCACAGACGAAGCAGCCGAUGUGUCAAGUCAGACCAGAGUUGCCACAUUCACAGAGCAAGAGGUGCAAGAGCCAGUAGCUAUCGAGGAAUCUCAAGCGUCUCUAGGAUCAUCAGCACCGCGAUCGGUUGAUCUGACUUCGGCAGUUGGUUUGAUUGAUCCCUCACUUCCCAUAGCUGCUCCAGAAGUUGCCGAAGACGAAACACCGCAAGGCACCGAGUCAGGAGAUACACAACUCAACAAUCCUCCGCAGAAUGACAAGUCGAAUGAUUCGGCGUUGGAUGUCACCACCGCUCUGGACUCGCCUAGAGCAGAAGAUUUACUUACAAAGCAACAGCCUCCCGAAGAAAAUCCUGGUGCACCGGCAGAGGAAUCAGAAGCGGAGAGGUCUCCUGAAACGCCAACAGAUCUAACUGUGCCAGUAGGAACAGUCUCUUCUAGGGAAAGGGUCAAAGAAGACUUCGAAACCGUAGACGCAUCCACGGAACCUAUACCCAAGGUUGGUGUAGUACAAGAUGAAGAACCUGCGACACACCUGGGGCUGGAGUUCGAAGCCAUUCCUAUUACCGUUGAAGGGGAGCAAGUAUCCAACAAACCGCAGAUCGCCGCAUUAACACCACCAGAAGUUGCCGGAGCAGAUCACACCGAAGAGCUUCGAGCAGUUUCAGAACAUGACCAGAGUCCAGUACAGUCUCAAGGUCCUAUUGAAGAAACCUCUGUUGAAGAGUUAAUAGCCCAAGAAAUUGCUGAUGUCCAGCACGAGGCGACUUCGGCUCGUACUAAAGAGGCUCAAGCAAUUCGUGACGGCUCCGGCUCCAAGAAGAAAUCCAAGAAACUCAAGAAGGACAAAAAGAAGCGUCAGAUCAUGAUUGAUGAUGUCGUUGGCACGUCCGAGAUCAUUGGAGUUGAUAACGAUAAGCACUUCCCAGAGCUUACCCAGGACCAAGUUGAAGGUGCAGGUAUUACUACGCUUUUGGAAGGAAACAGGAAAGCGGUCGAAGAUCUGCGACUUACAGACGUCAAAGGUAGUUCAGAUGUUGAAGGACAGAGAGCACGCGCCGUCCAGCCGCAAUCAGUCACAGUCCUUCCUACAGAAAUUGUGGAGAAGAACGAUAUUGUUUUCGAACCUGGAGACUUGGCCGUUGAAUACAAUUCCGGCCCCCAAAUAUCGUCUGAUACCGAGAAAACAAUGCCUUCUGCCUCAGAAUCUGUCCUUGACAAGUUGCUCGAUGAGGCUUCACGGUCCGUUGACACUACAGAGGCUGAAGCUGAGGUCUACGGCUCUUCCGCUGCCAAGACUGUUGCUAAGGCAUCAGUCAUUGGAACUCCGAGCGCUGAGAUUCAUACUGCUGAGUUUCCGGUGGCUACCAUUCCGCCUACAGAGAUAGCAGCCCUCGAAUCUUCUGCUAAGGCGCCUAUUGAGGCUGCUGCUGGGCUUACUCCCCAGCUUGCAGGAGAGCCUACUCCUGAACCGGCUACCGACCCUUCAGCUGAACCUGCCGCGGAACUCGCUCCUGAGUUAGACACCGAACCUACUACUAAGCCCACUACAGAAUCUGCUAUAGAGUCUGCUCCCGAGCCAGCUGCCGACCCUACUGCUGAGCUUACUACAGGUCCUGCUCCUGAGCUUACUACAGAAUCUACUCCUGAAGUGGCAACUGAGCCUAAUACCAAGUCUGGCCCUGAGCCUACCCCCGAACCGGCCAUUGAACCUACCACUGAACCUGGUCCCGAGCUUACUCCUGAACUUGCUGCGGAGCAUACUACUGAGCGUGGUCCUGAGCCUUCUGUAGGACCUUUUGCAGAAACUGCCCGAGAGCCUGCUACUGAAUCUACUAUCGAGCCUGUUCUUAAGCUUAUCAUGGAAACCGCCAGGGAAGUCGCUACUGAACCAACUACUGAGCCGACAAGAGAAGCUACGAUUGAAGCUCCUUGUACCAAUUCUGAUGGGCCGACGACGGAGCCAAUUGUUGAAGCUAUUGCUGGAACGGCAUAUACUUCUGUCGAGACCAGUGAUGAAGUUGGAGCUGAGGCUAGCAGCGAGGUUACUAUUGAGCCUACUGCCAGCGCCGAACUAACGGCGGUUGCUGGUAACUUGGAGCCGAUGACAGAGGAAGAUUUAGGCCUUCCAUCGAAGCGGUCCAAGGAAGAGAGGAAAAACAAGAAAACCAAACGGCAAUCAACCCUCACAGCUGAAUCGAUCCAACCUGAACCUCCAGCAAGUGACAAAUACGAGGUGACGAAUGAACCAGAACCAAUCUAUGAAAAGUCCACCUUACCCGAAGUAGACGUCCAGGGUACUACAGCUAUAAUUAAAGGUAAAGAGGCCGAAGACCUAGCAUCAAUGUCUAUGACGUCAAAGGGAGACAAAAAGAAGAAGCAGCAAUCGACUCGUGCUACUGAUCUGCUCCCAUUAGAGACUGUAGGGAGCUCUAGUGGCAAAUCGACCAUUGACUCGAAAAGUGUGACCGAGUCUCCAACAAUCCAGACAAUGGCAGAGGGAUUGGAACCUGCUCUAGAACAGGUCACGGAAUCUGGCCAGGAGACUGUUCCACCCGAGUUUGAUAUACCACUUGUGGAAGGAGAGUCUGAAAAUAUUCAGGAAGAGAACACGAUAUCCGUGCCUACAAAGUCAAAGAAGGACAAGAAAAAGAAAAAAAGACAGUCCAACAUUGAAUUUGUGAGUCCUAAGCCAGUUCUUGGGGCCCCGACUGAAGAAGCCUCUCGGUCAACAACAAACAAUGUCGCUCAACCUUGCAACGUUAAUGAAUCAGGAAUCCCGGGAGCGUCUGAAGACCUCAGUGUGGAGAACGGCCUUACCACGCCCGGAGAUCAAGCUGAAGAAGUGCGGGCUCCCCCAGGCAAGAACAAAAAGAACAAAAAGCGGAGCCGCAAAUUGACAUUGGACGAAACCGGUCUACCUAGGGAUGGCGAACAGGUCGGGCCAGAUGAAGCUCGAUAUAUUGAAAGCGGCGUUGAGAAUGAAGUCGGAGAAAACAUAUCAGGCCUUUCAGAAAAUCAGGCAACGUCUGGAGCUGCAGAGCACCAAUUAUUCACUUUCGCGGAUGCAGAAGAAAGGGUUCCCGAUGCCUCGACGGAAGAAGUAAUCCAAAGUCAGUUGAAAGAGCUCGACAGCCAACCUCAGGCAGCUGAAAGGGUGGAAGAAUUAGGCAAAACACAAGGUGUCUCUGAGCAUAAUAAUUCCAACGUCGAACUGCUGCCGCAAGGGGAAUCCGAACUUCUGAGCAUUCGUGAUAGGGAUGUGUCCGAAAUGACAGGACCACUCGUAGUUCCUCCGGAAGAAGAUCUGACGAUUUUCAGACCGUCAGAGACGGCUUCCGUGGAUCAGAUGUCUGGAAAAUCGGGCAUUUCCCACAAGAAAGCGAAGAAAGAAAAGAAGAAGGCCCGUCGAUCUGCCUCCAAGGAGGCCGAAGGAAAUGAAGCGUCCGAGACACUAAUGGAAAAUGAUGGUUCCUCCCGUGCCGCUCCUGAAGCUACGCAGCCUGAUAUCGAAAGAGAGUGGUCAACCUCACAGAAAUCCAACUCAAAGAAUAGUAAAAGGAAAAGUCGACCAGUUACCUUGGACACCAGCUUCGCUGAAUCAGUGCCUAGCAUGCCAGAAGUUGAGUCUGCGCAUAUAGAACGCCCAAACGAAGCAGUGCCACAAGCUCCUCUCAAAGAACCUGAAGUGGUGGAAACGAUGGCCUGCCAGACGCAGUCUGAAAUAGAGGAUUGGGACCUCACCAAGGGUAACAAAAAGAAGAAGCGACAGUCGACCUUUGCGGACAUUGCGGAACCAACGGUUUCAGCGGAAGCAUCAGCCAAUCCAACCUUCAUUACCGAAUGUGAACAUUCCAAGGAAAAGGCUUUAUUCGCGACAGCACAGGAAGACAUUGUAACCUCCGUACAACCAGAUAGUCCAGGAGAGGCCCGUCGUCCUAAUUUUAACCCUAUCAGUACUGAGUCGAAAUCCAUUGAUGAUGCUGGACGACAAACUGAGACGUUGGUCGAGGCUGCGCCCGCGAAGGACCAUACAGUUACCGAGAACCGAGAACCUGAGGCAACUAAAGCUGAGGAUUCUCUUACUCUGCCAUCCGCUGGUAUUGAAGAGAGUGACAGCCAGAAGCUUCAGUCAAUUGACCGGAUUGUUGCACAUGUGCCCACCACCACACCCCUCCCAAAAGAGAGUAGGGCUGAUGUUGCCACUGUUGUUAUUGACUCUCCAGGAGCUUCUGAGGAUUGUGGAAUAAGUAUCAUCACCGAUCGCGUUGAAGAAGCGCCGACAUUAGUGGAAACCCAGCAGGCACAUGGUGAAGAAUCGUCAACGCCAGACACCCUAUUGGCGAUCGAAAACAAGCCGGCGGGAAUCGCAAAAGAAAAUCUCCUGGAGACGCCACUAGCAACGACAGACGCAGGGUUGCACUUCGAAGAGCUUGCUCCCGCAGCUACCGCGAUGCCUCCGGAGGAUGAGAAGCCGCAGUUUCAGGGACCAUUGCAGGCAGAUGCCCCAACAUCACUUCACGACAAGCAUCAUGAGGCUGAAACGAUAUCUACCUCAAGGGUUCCAAGCGCAAUACCAGACGUGAAUCUGCAGAUUGAGGACAUAGCAGAAGACGGGACCUGGUCUCCGCAACCCGAGAAGAAUAAGAAGAAUCGUCGGGCCACAUAUGAGGAGCCCAUUACCGAGUCUCAACAAACCGAAAAUGGAGGACCUGAGGCCAAGGUGGAAGAAGCGGAAACCGAACUUGUCCCUGAACCUGCAGUGAUCAAUUCUCUAGAUCAGCCUCCAACUGCGGCAUCAAUGAGUGACACAGUCACCGAUGAGGGAAUGAUCACUUCUGCCGCAAAGCCUAAGAAAGACAAGAAGAAGAAGCGGAAGACACUCUCGGCCGGGGACGAGGUAAACGAACAACGGCAGACGGUUCAAGAUGGUAUCGGAAAAGUCCAAGAGGAGACAGCGAGCGAAGCUCGGCCGAAAACAGAGGCUCCCGCAGAGUUAAUCGACAAAGCGGCUCUGGAAUUAGAAGUGAAACCCAACGUCGCUGGAGAAGCCGUGGAGAAAGUGGCCGAGACGUGUCUCGCUGUGGUCGAGCCUACGGGGGACGUUUCCUCAGGGCCGGCAAAAGAAGGUCAAAAAGUGAUGCAGACUUCCCCGUCCGCCGCAGAUGAGAUAGAUGCAGUUGGCGAACACGAUAUGCCAAGUCUCGGCGGCGAAACCGCGUCCACCCCCGAACUCCAAUCUGGAAUUCCAGAUGGAACGACUGGCAACAUGCGUGAGGCCAUUCCUGUGGUGGAGGAGCCCGAGAUUAUCACGUCCGAAUCAUCCGCAUCGAAGUCGAAAAAAGAGAAGAAAAAGAGCAAGAGAAAGUCGCCGUCAGCAGAGGAGCCGGAGGUCGGUGGAGUUGGUAGACCAAGAACAGAGAAUGAAAUAGAUACAGGGCGAGAUGAUGCGCCUGGGGCCCAGAGCAAAUCCUUGAGUAAAUCGAAAAUUGAUGCGAGACAACACGAAAUCGAAGGGGCGGUCUCCAGCAAAAGGUCGAAGAAGAAAGGCAAAAACAGCAAAGUCUUAGCAGCAAGUGAUGACUACUGGACACCGGGCACGGCUACACCAAAAUCUAAUGAAGAAUUCGCGUCCGCUAUGCAAACACCAAUUCAACGGACCACGUCACCAGAACUUAUGGACUAUGUCAAAGCUGAAGAAAUGCCUAUCCCUGCCCCUGCGCCAGAAACUGACACUGCUGACUACUCUGCGCAAACGCCAAGCAAGAAAAAGAUAAAAAAGGACAAAAAGAAAAAGUCAUUUUUUGCUUGGAUGGGGGCUGAUGAUCAGAUAACCGAAGAUACCUCCGGGAUAUCGACUCCUGCACCUCUCCCUGAGCCAGAAAUGACCGAGUCUAGGGAAGAUCUCGAAAGUGCCGCACUUACUGGAGAGUCGGGAACAUACAACGCUAAAAAAGAGCCCGAAACCCUAGCGGUGCCUGCAGAGUCAGAGGUGAUGAAGACCGGGGAGACCCUGGAGCCAACCAGCCCUGUCGUUGAGCAAGAACCGGUCCGUUCUGAGAACUACAUUGUCCUUGGGGCAACGACUGCCGAACCAGAAGGGCCCAGGUCAGAGGACACUCACGAAUUGACGGUUCCAUCCCCUCGGCCGGAAGUGACACCUGAUCGGCACACUCUGGGCAAAGAGCAUGACCUACCACGUGAGAUAAACAUUGAUCCCGCGAAAUCCACCUUCAAUAUCGGAGAGGCUUCGUCAGACGGAGCAAUGGAUAUGCCCAGGAUAUCCGAUUUUCCUGGAGUCACGCCAGUUGCCGAGUCAGAAAAGGAUCGAAGAUCUUCGUUAAGGGACCCCGACGAUUUUCCCAAGAAAGACGAACACGCAGGGCUUGUGACAACCUCCAGUGAGGUCCCAGAAACAUCCGACCGUCAGCGAGAAGUAUUUGACACUAUUAGUAUCACGCCAGAAGAAGAAUCGACCGCUGCUGAACCUAACGAAGAAGAGGCUGUUAUACCCGCUACAAUCGCUACUUCUAAGAACAUGGAUGUUGGGAAAGGACCCCAUGAAACUGAUUUCGGCGUUACCAGAAACACUUCAAAAAGCAAAAAGAGCAAGAAAAAUAAGGCGAAGAAGAAAAGUAGUGUCGUCAGCGGAACUGAGGAUAUCGAGCCGACAAAGAUGGGGCUUGGCCGCACGGAGGACAGCAUGGAGGAGACUUGGGAACCUGGAGUCAACGAAUCUGUUCCCGAACAGGGCAUGGAAAUUUCGCAUAUACCAGAAAUGCUUCCAGGGAAUGCCGAAGACUUAUCCGACGUGAGUACAACCACGCGUGAAAGACGUAAGAGGAGAAGAUCGCCUCCGGCAUGGGCAGGAGAAGAGCCCGAAGAUCUCCCAAGGGAUCGCGCUCUCACUCCUCCACCUGAACACGAUGAUAUCAUGGAUACUGCUCUUGGUGUUGCAGCAGGACUUGGCUUUGGUGCUGGAGAAAACGAGCCUACACGAGAACCUCUGCCAAAGCCGCCGUCACCAUCUUGGCAGCCAUCUGCUGGGUGGUCUUUCACUAAGCUUGGCCCUAUUACGAACCUUGCCCACGCAGACUCGAACCGAGACAGCGGAGUCCAGUUCGAGUCGCCGAUAUUGUCCACGGGCCAAUUCACAUCUCAAAGGGACAGUGGCUUUAUACCAAGUCCUGGGGUUCAACACGGGGACUUCGGCGGUCUCAGGAACAGCAACACGGAGAUGAACUUACGUCCACCGCGACCUCAAUCACCCACAAGCUCGACAGAGGAUGUAUCUAAGGUCGUGACGAGCAGGAAGAACAUCGACCAGCCUGCUAGUCUGGAGACACCGAGAAGAAGGCCUUCACCCGUCGAAUCCACUUCGAAGGACAGAUCCUCGGUUUUAUUCAAUUCUUCUCCCGCGAUGCCCUCUCCCCUCAACACGGACGUUUAUACCCGAAGUCCUCAGCCUGUGGCAAGUCCUCUCCGGAGAAGCCCCAGUAUUCAUGGUCACCAUCAUAGCCGAGAGGAGCUAAGGCAACAGAAGGCCAAAAUCUCGCCGCACCACGAAGACAGUGACCAACUUGCGUCGAAUCUUAUUGAUCGGUCGGCUGCAGCACCAGUGAGUCGCUCGGCAUUUGAUUCGCACUCUUACGGCAACAUCAAUCGACCCUAUUCGCCGGGUAAGUCACCACUGAAUGCAAUCAAUGAAGACUCGACCGAGCCGACUUCAAAAGCGCAUCCGUUCUCCGAUCCCCCUACCUCUCUGACGCCUCGACAUGCCGCUGAAAAUGACAGCCUUGCUUCAGCUGGUUUAGUGGCUGCUGCUGGAGCGGCAGCGUUUGCGGCCGCCUGCAUCCAAUCACGUGACUCGCCAGUACCUGGCGCUAAAUCGCUUGGCAGAAGCAAGUCCCGAACCUCAUCGUUGCGCAACCUGCGCAGCGCUUCAAUCUCCCCGUACGACCCUGCCAACUUUGCGUCCGGGUCAUCGCAAGGACCCGUCAAUUCUCAGAACGCCGGCAGAGCUGCUAUUCAUGAAAGGGAAAUGGCAGAGGUAUACGACGGGUAUGGUUCAUACCCGGGCAGUCCCAGAUCACCAACACGACCUCCGAGUAUCCGACAACGACAGAGCAUGCAUCAAAUCAGGGAUCUUGAGGCCAAGUUAGACCAGCUCGCAAGUGAGAACCGCGCCUUGGCCGAAGCAAAAAUCGUUACGGAACAACAACUCGAGCAAGCUCAUUUCGAACGCAAUCGAUCCGAAAAUAUUACCGUGGGUUUCAAUGCGCAGAUUCAGGAGCGGGAUGCAGAAAUUGCACGUCUCAAGCAAGAGGUUGCAUCGCUGAUCGCAACACACGAAUCAUUAAAGAAAGAGCACGAACAAAGCUUGGUUAGUUUCAGGCAAGACUACGAUGAGGCUCAAUCACACUGGCAAGACUCCUUAAAAGAAUUGGAAACACUUCGAUCUAGGCAUAACGAGCUGUCAACUGGGAUGGAGUCGAUCGUCAGACAUGAAAUCGACACAGCAUUAACGGAGAAAAAUGCAGAGAUCCAACGACUUCGGGGGGAUCUGGAAGCAGCAAGGGAGAAGAUCAGGGAGUUGCAAUCUCAGAUAUUGUCCAGGAGAGCAGACGAUGUGGUUGUCUUCCACGACGAGGACUACUUCGAUCAAGCGUGCCAGAAGUUGUGUCAACAGGUGCAAGGGUGGGUGCUACGGUUUUCCAAAUUUAGCGACCUGAAGCUUUGUCGGACCACAAGCGAGGUCCGAGACGAGAAAAUUGUGGACCGGUUCGACAAUGCGAUAUUAGAUGGUUCCGAUGUGGACGACUACCUGGCGGACCGGGUCAAGCGACGAGAUGUCUUUAUGUCAGUGGUGAUGACGAUGAUCUGGGAAUAUGUCUUCACAAGAUACCUCUUUGGUAUGGACCGUGAUCAACGACAGAAACUGAAACAACUGGAGAAGAAUCUUGGAGAAGUGGGACCAUCGAGCGCGGUACACCAAUGGAGAGCACUUACACUCACGUUGCUGUCCAAACGAGAAAGUUUCAAAGCACAAAGAGAAAGCGACACCGAAGCGGUGGCUAUUGAGAUAUUCUCGACACUGUCGCGCUUCCUCCCUCCACCACAGCAUUUAGAGGAGCAGAUUGUGGGAUCACUGCGCAACGUCAUGCGCACAGCGGUGGAAUUAUCGAUCGAGAUGCGCACCCAGCGCGCUGAAUACAUCAUGCUCCCGCCAUUGCAACCCGAGUACGAUACCAAUGGUGAUCUGGCUCGGAAGGUAUAUUUCAAUGCAAGCCUGAUGAACGAAAGGAGUGGUGAAACCACAAGCAAUGAGGAGUUGGAGCGUGACCAUGCCGUAGUUCGCAUGGUGCUCUUCCCGCUUGUUGUCAAGAAAGGGGACGACAAUGGAGUGGGAGAUGAAGAGAUCGUGGUAUGUCCUGCACAGGUAUUGAUUGCAAGACCGGAUAAGGGAAAAAGAGCCAAAGGCUCGACAAGGCUCGCUAGCGGUGGCAGCGAUGUAAAGAGUUUGAGGGCUGUGAGCACGCAUAGUCUUGCUAUGAGCGGGAUUGAAGGGAACGAGAACAUGUUCUAA